CUGACAAAUUAACUAGUCAGUGUCUUUGGGUGGUGGUAACGCAUUUGUUUUUAACUCCCAGCCUGACAAAAUUUUUUUUUUUCUUUUUUGUGUGUGUAACCAUGCCUACACAGCGGCUGCCAAGGCUUACCCAUGAGUUAAACCUUCUUUAGUUGGUAAUGAGGAAGGCGUGGGCUCUAGCAGUGGACACCCGAAGGCAGCAGUGGGUGAAAACAAGCAAAAUAAAGAAAAGUUUCGCUGUGAGAAGGUGCUAGACAGCCAGCCAUAGUGACGAGGAGGCAGGAAGGUACCACCACCACCAUCACCACCACAGGGAAGGUCAUUUGGGUCACUGCCUCUCAUCUCCCUUGCCCUGCCCUGCCCUGCUUUGCCCUGCUCACCCAUCCCCUGCAAGAUUUGGAGUACCCAUCAUUACCAUGGCAGCUUCCUUGACUUACAUGGCGGGACACAGCGAGGGCUCAGACCUGGACAAGCUGGUGCCUGACUUGCCACGAGGGCCACUUGAUCACUACCGGGCUGGUGCGUCUUUCAGUUGGAAGCAGAUGAAGGCCUAUAUUGAUCCUCCUGACAUCAUUGCUUUUAAGAACAGCAUGUACAACUUCAUGCAGGGUGACCCAGUCUUCCACCGGGUCGAGGGAGACCUCACGCUGGAGGAGGAGCGCCGUGUCACCCUCAGGCGUGUCAAGAAACUCCUCAGCUCAAAGUUUAGUGAUGAGGAUGUGUUAAUUGACUAUAGAAAGCCCUCUGCCAUGACUGCUGUGGUUGGGGAGUAUGACUUCUCCUUGGCAGCCAGACAGGGACUCCUCACCAACUUUGUGGCCUCAGGGAUCCUUGGCCAGGGCACUGAGAGGCACUAUAAGUAUCUGGCAGCACUCAAGAAGCAGGAGAUGGGCGGGUGUUUCUGCCUGACAGAAGUGUCUCAUGGUUCCAACGUGCGAGGGAUGCGAACUGAGGCGCGCUACGACCCUGCCUCCCAGACCUUCAUCCUCCACACGCCAGAUUUUGAAGCAGCCAAGUGCUGGGCUGGAAACUUAGCCAAGACGGCAUCACACGGUCUUGUCUUUGCCCAGCUGUACACUCCCGAUGGUGUGUGUCACGGCCUGCACUGCUUCAUCGUGCCGCUGCGAGACCCCCGCACGCUGCAGACCUAUCCGGGCAUCACCAUUGUAGAUAUGGGGCACAAGAUUGGCCUUAAUGGGAUUGACAAUGGAGUGCUGAUGUUCGACCACUACUCAAUACCUCGGGAGAACUUACUGAACCGCACCGGUGACGUGACUCCUGAUGGUACCUACAAGACUCCCUUCAGGGACCCAAGCAAGAGAUUUGGCGCCUCGCUGGGAAACCUGUCUGUGGGGAGAGUGGGAAUCAUAGGGUUUGGCGUGGUGUAUCUCAGGAAGAGCAUCACCAUCGCUGUCCGCUACUCAGCUGUAAGGAAGCAGUUUGGACCAUUGGGCAAGGAGCUGUCCGUCAUUGAAUAUCCACUACAGCAAUGGCGUCUGUUCCCAUACAUCGCAGCCACUUAUGCGCUGGACACCUUCGCCAAGACCUUUACCAAGCACUUCUUUGAUUUCCGCAUGGAGUCGCUGCAGCCUGAAGACAGGGACAGGCUGGCACUGUUUGGGCAGGAGGUGCAUGGCCUGUCAUCAGCUGGGAAGCCUCUGUCUGGCUGGGUAGCUCAGGACUGCAUCCAGGAAUGUCGGGAGGCUUGUGGUGGACAUGGCUACUUGAAAUGCAGUGGUCUUGGCCAGCUGAGGGACGACAAUGAUGCAAACUGCACCUACGAAGGCGACAACAACAUCUUACUGCAGCAGACAAGCAACUGGCUGCUGGGGGUGUGGGCCAACAGGGGUGAUGCUGCUGCCUGCCUCUUCCCCAUGCACACCACUGAUUAUUUGCAACAUGCUGACUACCUCCUCUCCCACCCCUGGACUUCCUCCCCCAUCACUUCCCACUCCACUAAUAAGGAGCUGGUGGGUGUGUGUCGCCAAGCCCUGCAGUGGCUGGUGUGCUGGCUAUGUCUCCGGACCACCACUGAGUCAGACACCCACACUGCCUCGGGACAAGACCAGUUCACUGUGCGCAACAACAUUCAGGUCUAUCUGGCCCAUACUCUCUCCUUGGCCUAUGUCAAGCAAGUGGUACUGACGUGGUUUGAAGAGUGGGUACAGGAAGCUCCAGCCAGCCUGCAACCAGUCUUGUACCGUCUGUGUGCACUGUAUGGCCUCACCCAGCUGGAGAAACACAUGAUGCCUCUUGUUGAAGGUGGCCUGGUGGUGGACCACAGCCUCAUCACAGCAGUACAACAACACAUACGACAGCUGUGUAGAGAGCUGCUGCCGGACGCCGUGGCUCUGGUAGACUCCCUGGCGCCUCCUGACUUCUUCCUCCAUUCAGUGCUUGGGAACGCUGAUGGCAGGGUGUACCAGCACAUGAAGACAGCAAUGUUUUCUGCACCUAACGCAACAAGUCGCCCACAGCACUGGCAGGAGAUGGCCUAUGCUGCUCCAACCUCAAAGCUGUAGUGAAUCCUCCACUCUGUCUGCCUAUAUGUGUACCAGGCCAGCAUCUCCCAUAGAGGGUGUUAGUGGACAGCACACACACAGACACACACAUUUAGUUAUUUAGUUUAUUGAUGAAAGAACACAGAUUACAUAGAUGAGAAAAAUCAGCACAUAUUUUUAUCACACACACACACACACACACACACACACACACACACACACACACACACACACACACACACACACACACACACACACACACACACACACAGAGACACAGUUAUUUAGUCAGUUUGAUAGUUAGCUUAUUGAGUUAGUUUACUGACAAAAUAACAUAUUUUAUAUUAAUGAAAAAUAAUCAAUAGUUUUGUUACACACACACACACACACACACACACACACACACACACACACACACACACACACACACACACACACACACACACACACACACACACACAU